CGACUGUAUUUUUUGAUAGAAACUGAUAAAUUGACAGCGUUUCAGUCACGAUACACACACUCAAAUUACACAGUUUAGCGUUUUGGUGUGAAAAUGGGAGCUUGUCUGGCUUUGUGCUCUUUAGCUAGCUGUGCCUCCUGUCUCUGUGGUUCAGCACCAUGUCUUCUGUGUGGCUGCUGUCCCUCCUCGAAUAACUCCACAGUCACACGACUAGUUUUCUCUUUCUUUCUUCUUCUGGGAACGAUGGUGUCUGUCAUUAUGAUCCUUCCUGGAAUGGAAACACAGCUCCGCAAAAUCCCAGGGUUUUGUAAAGGAGGAACUACUGUAAUCGGUGUUGAAAACCAGGUUAACUGUGAGGUUAUUGUGGGGUACAAGUCUGUGUAUCGCAUGUGCUUCGCCAUGACCUGCUUCUUCUUUUUGUUCUCCGUUAUCAUGAUUCGUGUCCGUAAUAGCAAAGACCCACGUGCAGCUAUUCAAAAUGGAUUCUGGUUCUUUAAAUUUCUUAUCCUGGUUGGGAUUACGGUGGGAGCUUUUUUCAUUCCAGAUGGAACAUUUCAUAAUGUGUGGUUUUACUUUGGAGUAGUGGGCUCCUUCAUUUUCAUUCUCAUUCAGCUCAUCCUCUUGAUCGACUUCGCCCACUCCUGGAAUAAGAUUUGGGUUGAAAACGCUGAAGAAAGUAACAAUAAAUGCUGGUUCGCAGGGCUGCUGUCUUUUACUUUUCUCCACUAUGCACUGGCUUUCUCUGCUGUGGUGCUUUUCUACAUUUACUACACGCAGCCAGGUGACUGCACGGAGCACAAAGUCUUCAUCAGCCUCAACCUCAUCUUCUGCAUCAUCAUUUCCAUCGUCUCCAUCUUACCAAAGAUACAGGAAGUUCAGCGACAUUCCGGUCUGCUCCAGGCCUCGCUUAUCUCCCUCUACACCAUGUAUGUCACCUGGUCUGCAAUGACGAACAAUCCAAAUCGAGCCUGCAACCCCAGCUUGUUGAGUCUGGUGUCAAACGUCAGCACCACUCAACCGUCUGUUGACAGUAACUCUGGACAUGUGCAGUGGUGGGACGCUCAGGGAAUCGUUGGUUUGAUCAUCUUCCUCUUAUGUACUCUCUACGCCAGUGUCCGUUCAUCCAGCAACGCUCAGGUGAACAAGCUGAUGCAGACAGAGGAAGGCAAGGGGUCCGGAGGGGAGGAAGUUGUGGGUGAAGAUGGUAUACGCAGGGCCAUGGACAACGAGGAGGAGAAAGUCACUUACAGCUACUCAUUUUUCCACUUCCACCUCUGUCUGGCCUCCCUGUACAUCAUGAUGACACUUACCAACUGGUACCAACCGGACAUCAGCACGCAGGCCAUGCAGAGCAGCAUGCCAGCUGUGUGGGUGAAGAUGAGCUCCAGCUGGUUGGGCCUCGGGCUCUACCUCUGGACCCUCUUAGCCCCUCUUAUCUUCUCUGACAGGGAUUUCAGCUGA